AAAAGAGUGUAAUUAGGACUAAUUUUCUAGAGCUUGUUCACUGGCUUAUAAAUAGUAACAGAAAGGGUAGGAAUUAUUAGUAACAAGAGACACAAGAGCAUAGCUAAUAGAGAAAAUUGGUCCAUGGCUCUCAUUUCCUUCAGCCAUCUUCUUUGUCUAUGCCUUGUCAUCUCUUUGUCAACAACUUAUGCUUUUGGUUUUGAAGGAAGAAAGAUUGCUCAAGAAAACCAUCUUCAGCUUAUCCAUGCCAUUGAAAUCAGCAAUCUCCUUCCAUCAGCUGAUUGCGAACACUCUACCAAAGUGGCCCAAAAUAAGGCAUCACUAAAAGUAGUCCACAAGCAUGGACCAUGCUCCCAAUUGAAUCAACAAAAUGGAAAUGCUCCUAAUCUCGUGGAGAUUCUACUUGAAGAUCAGUCCAGAGUGGAUUCAAUCCACGCAAAGCUCUCCGACCACAGCGGUGUGAAGGAGACUGAUGCCGCGAAACUUCCAACGAAGAGCGGUAUGUCACUUGGCACAGGAAAUUAUAUUGUCAGCAUUGGACUCGGUUCACCUAAAAAGGAUCUUAUGCUCAUCUUCGACACUGGAAGCGACCUCACUUGGGCGCGAUGUUCCGCUGCUGAAACAUUCGACCCAACUAAGUCCACUUCCUAUGCCAACGUUUCUUGCUCCACUCCUCUGUGUAGCUCUGUUAUUUCCGCGACGGGAAAUCCUUCAAGAUGUGCUGCCUCAACAUGCGUCUACGGCAUCCAAUACGGCGACGGGUCAUACUCCAUCGGAUUCCUAGGCAAAGAAAGACUAACCAUAGGAUCAACAGACAUAUUUAACAACUUCUACUUCGGUUGUGGCCAAGACGUCGAUGGCCUGUUCGGAAAAGCCGCAGGAUUACUUGGUCUCGGCAGAGACAAACUCUCUGUCGUCUCACAAACCGCUCCAAAAUACAACCAACUCUUCUCUUAUUGCCUCCCUUCCUCUAGCUCAACAGGGUUCCUCUCUUUUGGCUCUUCACAAUCCAAGUCCGCUAAAUUCACACCUCUCUCUUCAGGACCCAGCAGCUUUUACAAUCUUGACCUUACUGGAAUCACUGUUGGAGGGCAGAAGCUGGCAAUUCCAUUAUCAGUCUUUUCAACAGCAGGCACGAUCAUUGACUCGGGCACUGUCGUCACGCGGUUGCCACCAGCGGCUUACUCUGCUUUGCGGUCAGCGUUCAGAAAGGCAAUGGCAAGUUACCCAAUGGGGAAACCGUUGUCGAUACUGGACACUUGCUAUGAUUUUAGCAAGUAUAAAACGAUAAAAGUGCCUAAGAUAGUGAUUUCUUUUAGUGGAGGAGUUGAUGUGGAUGUUGAUCAGGCGGGAAUCUUUGUGGCAAAUGGACUGAAGCAGGUGUGUUUGGCUUUCGCUGGGAAUACAGGCGCGAGGGAUACGGCUAUUUUUGGGAAUACACAGCAAAGGAAUUUUGAAGUUGUUUACGAUGUUAGUGGAGGAAAAGUUGGGUUUGCUCCUGCAAGUUGUAGUUGAUUGUCGAGUUGUGUGCUUGGAACCUAACUAUGUAUGUUUCUUUUCUUUUUCUUCAAGUGUUUCCGUUAUUGAUAAGAAAAUAAGCCAAUUGAGGACCAAA